CGCAGUAGUGGACCAGGUGGACAACAUGUGAAUAAAACCGAAACUAAAGUCGAACUCAGGUUUAACAUUUCAGAUUCGGUUUUAUUGACAUCGGCACAAAAAAGGAUGAUUUCCAAAAAUCUAGGCAAUAAACUAAUCGAAAACAACAGCACUAUCCUACUCACUGCCCAAGAGACAAGAAGUCAAGCAAAAAACAAAGCAUUGGCCAUUAAAAAAUUGCACGAUUUGAUCAAUGAAGCUUUAGUUCAAGAUGAGCCAAGAAUCGCGACCAGACCUACAAAAGCAUCAAAAGAAAAACGAAUCUCGACCAAAAAAACAUCUGGAGAAAUAAAAUCCAUGCAAGCUUUACAAGGCAUAACCAAUGAUAUGACGCUCAUGCUCGGAGGAUUUGGGCUUUGUGGUAUACCAGAAAAUGCCAUAGCACAUUUAGUAAAAAUGGGCGUUAACAAUCUAACUUGCAUCUCGAAUAAUGCUGGUGUUGAUGACUUCGGUCUGGGAUUACUGCUUCAAAAUAAACAGAUCAAAAAAAUGAUUUCAUCUUAUGUAGGUGAAAAUGAAGAAUUUGAAAGGCAGAUGCUGUCUGGAGAACUGGAAGUAGAGCUUAUUCCGCAAGGUACGCUAGCAGAAAGAUGUAAGGCUGCACAAGGUGGGUUCCCUGCUUUUUAUACACCUGCAGGAUAUGGAACCGAAGUAGCCGAAGGCAAGGAAACUAGAGAAUUUAACGGAAAGAUGUACGUCUUAGAAAAAGCAUUUGAAGCAGAUUUUGCCAUCGUGAAA